GAGGACAUAAUUUUCGAUAAUGGACGACGGCUUAGGGCAGUCGCCGCCAUCAACUCUCCGCCGACGCAACCCCAUCUCAACCCCCGUCCAUAUCCCUGCCAGGCUAACUCUAGUGACUCCGACACUUCUCCAAUCCGCCACCAGCCUCCCAAAAGGGGACGCCGCCCCAUCUCCUCUUGACCUCGAGCUUAUCUCCCUUAAAGCCUCCUUUGCUUCAUACACUUCACUCAAAGACAUCCUCCCUUCCUCCACCGUGACUAUCAACUCCCCCACCGCCGCAGGAUCCGCCACCAAUUCCGGGUACGAAAUCUCAAUCCGCAACCGUUUAGUAAAACAGGCAGCUUGGGCUUAUCUUCAGCCCAUGUCAGCCUCCCCUGACGCAUCCGGCCCUCACUUUUUACGUCGGCUUUGGCCCCAGUUCUCAUCUCACAAUCCCAUCUCUUCCUGUCUUGGGUUCUUCAACCUCGAUCUCUUACCCGUUCUGAUCCGACUCAUGAAUCGGAUCUUCGGAUCCAUAGGAAUCAUCUUCAACAGAUAAAGGUUGCGUUUACACAGGAACAAGGGAUAGAAUAUUCAAUCAAGUGUAUAAACUGUACGAAAACAAAUAUAUAUAUAUAUAUAUAUAA